AUUCAGUUCAGUCUAAUAAAAAAUCAAUCAAAUCCCUUCUUCCUAGAUCUCUUGUAUUGUGUUGUGCUUUGUUGGUAAAUCAUAUCAGAGGAUGUCGUCAAAGCAUGAAGAAGACAGCGACGACCUGGAUCUCCUGCUUUCCCUUCAGGACGACCACGACGACACUGUUCUUGAAACCCCUCCACCUUCUCCCUCUCCUCUCGAUGAUGAUGACGACCACCAUGAAGUGUCGCCCAGACACAAGCAAAGGGAGAAACCAGACAUGUCUGUUUUCAGAGAUGCCGUUCAAGAUUGCCUUCACCACCAACCCUCUAACCCUAACCCUAAAUCAAUUACUAAACCCCCUUUCAACGAUGAUAUUGACAAAUUCUCCGGUCUUCGCAUAAGGAACCAAUGUUUAACCCCUGCUGAAUUUAGGGAAUGUGUUCAAGACAUUCGUUUUGUUCGCCUACCUGUCAUCAAGAAUUUGGUGAAUGGGGAUACUUUUUCUGGAACUUGGGUUACUGUUGGCGUGUUGACUGAGAAGGGGGUUCAGAAAACAAGUUCAAAUGGGAAGAGCUACUGCAUAUGGAAAAUUGGAUGUUUGGAUGAAAAUAUUGUUUCUCUUUUCUUGUUUGGAGAUGCUUAUCAGAAGAAUUGCCAUGAGCCCGCAGGAACCGUCUUUGCCCUCUUCAAUUCUGCUGUCCGCAAGGAUGCCAAGGGUAAUGGUUUUUCUUUGAGUAUAUACUCCCCUAACCAAAUUAUGAAGAUGGGAACCUCUGUUGAUUACGGAGUUUGCAAAGGGAAAAGAGCAGAUGGGAUGACUUGUACACUGGUCAUAAAUAAGCGUCAGGGGACUUAUUGUAAAUAUCACAAAUCAAAAUCAUCAGAGAAAUAUUCUACAGGGCGAACUGAACUCAAGGGAGGAAACUUAAGAACAUCAUUUAGGCCAAGAGAUAAUCUCAAGUCAGAAGGAAUAUACUUAGUUGAUCCCCUCGCUGACAAAACAAACUUGAAAAAGACUAAGCCACUGAAAUUGUUAUCCGUGGAUGGUCUCAGAAAGGCAUUGAGCAAUGCAGGAAAAGUGACAACUUCACACUCGCAAGGAAUUAGAUUUCUUUCCGAGGUUACAGGUAAAGCUGAUCAAAAAAUGAUGAAAAAUGAACCAAAGACUCGAAAUGAACAAAGCAAAUGCGCAGAGAAGAGGAAGUCAUCUUCUGUGAAUAAUGGACACUCUUCUCUCAUAAGAAACCAACAGUUAGAUGUAAAAAGAGUAAAAACAGAGGGGCAAGGUUUGGUCGAUAAAACCACAAAAAGUACGGGAAAGAUGAUUGAACUAGAUCUUGUUAGUUCGGAUGAGGACUUCUGAAAUUUGUGUGUUGCAUUGCUUGAUUUUGUUGAGGGGAAAACAUGUGCUGAGAAGAAAAUGAGGGCUACUGCAGGGUGGCGGUAAAAAUCAAUAUAGUGUACAUUAGUGCCCCAGAGUAGUGAGGUCCACUUGAAAUAUUAGUUUCUUGGGCAAAAUAUGCCAAAGUCCCGCACAAUAAAGAAUUUAUUUCACUCAGUUAUAUUCAUCAUAUGAAUACCAGAUUUUACUAUAGAUUAUCUACAUUGUUAUCAAUUUGGGGUAAACUAGAUGAGUUUGGCUCAUCUUAAUUGAGCAACUUCCUUCAAAAGAUAAAUUAAGUAUUUGUUGAUGAAUAUAUCGUUCAAAGUGGAGUUUAGCUCAUCUUAAUUGAACAACUUAAUAUGAAAA